CCAGCGUCACCACUGCCGCCAUGCCCGGAGGGCUGCUUCUCGGGGACGAAGCCCCCAACUUUGAGGCCAAUACCACCAUCGGCCACAUCCGCUUCCACGAUUUCCUAGGAGAUUCAUGGGGCAUUCUCUUUUCCCACCCACGGGACUUUACCCCAGUGUGCACCACAGAACUUGGCAGAGCUGCAAAGCUGGCGCCAGAGUUUGCCAAGAGGAAUGUUAAGUUGAUUGCUCUUUCAAUAGACUCUGUUGAGGACCAUUUUGCCUGGAGCAAGGACAUCAAUGCUUACAAUGGUGCAGCACCCACAGAAAAGCUACCAUUUCCCAUCAUCGACGAUAAGGACAGGGACCUUGCCAUCCUGUUGGGCAUGUUGGAUCCAGCAGAGAAGGAUGAAAAAGGCAUGCCCGUGACAGCCCGUGUGGUAUUCAUUUUUGGCCCUGACAAGAAACUAAAACUGUCCAUCCUCUACCCAGCCACCACGGGCAGAAACUUUGAUGAGAUUCUCAGAGUGGUUGACUCCCUCCAGCUGACAGCAUCAAAUCCAGUUGCCACUCCAGUUGACUGGAAGAAGGGAGAGAGUGUGAUGGUCCUUCCCACCCUCCCUGAAGAGGAAGCCAAACAACUUUUCCCUAAAGGAGUCUUCACCAAAGAGCUCCCAUCUGGCAAGAAAUACCUCCGUUAUACGCCCCAGCCUUAAGUCUGCGGGAACUGGGGCUGCAACUGCUCGCCCAGCACUGGGACCUGAGGAUGACAGCUGACAGCUGCAGUUCCGUAGAAAGAUUGUGGCGUGGUCACAGCCGAAGUCGCGUAGGUCGCUCGCUAUACUACUGGCUCAUUAAAUGGAAAUGGCACCAAAAC